UUGAUACGAAAUACAAAACAUUAUUCCUCAAAGCGGUCCAAAAUGGGCGACGCUACUAACAAGCAAAUUUUGUUUAUUACGCUGAUGCUUUUUCUAAUGGCGCUCAUCUCGUUUAUUUUUUCGGAAACGUGGAUAAAAAAAAAUUGGGAUAAGCAUUACUAUCUCGGCUUUGGGCGUGUAAACGGGGGGAACUUUUUCCUUCGCUUUCUCUCGUUUAUUGUGCUGUACCACAAUAUGGUUCCCAUUUCGCUGAUAGUUAUCCUCGAGUUCGUGAAGUACGUACAGGCCACGUGGUUGAUCGCUAAGGAUUUAGAAUUAUACGAUGCGGAAACCGAUACGCCUGCCUCGGUCAGGACCUCGAGUUUGAAUGGGGAACUUGGACAAGUGCAGUAUAUAUUUACUGAUAAGACGGGGACGCUAACCAGGAACGUUAUGGUUUUCAGGAAAUGUUCCAUUGGAGGAGAAAUGUAUGGCAUACUUCCUGGCGAAAAAGUUCCGGAGGGAGUCCCAACAGAAUACCUUGAUCAAGAAGGAGCGCUGCGCUCUGAUAUUCACGACUUUGUUGAUCCCCGACUCCUUAACGAUCUCUGCAGUACAGCGCCCAACGCUUCUGUGAUUCGCCAGUUCCUUACUAAUCUUGCCGUCUGCCAUACUGUCAUUCCCGAAGUUCAUCGUAAUGAUACGGGUACAAUUGGUUACCAAGCUCAGUCUCCCGACGAAGGCGCGUUAGUUUCCGGCGUUAAAAGUUUGGGCUUCUCCUUUAACGUGCGAACUUCUAAGGACGUCAUCAUCAACGUUCUUGGCCACGACGAAGUUUACGAAAUUUUAAAAGUAUGUGAAUUUACUUCUGCGCGUAAGAGGAUGUCCGUGAUAGUUCGCACUCCGCAAAAUAGAAUACUUUUGAUGUGCAAAGGCGCCGAUAAUGUUAUAUUUGAAAGGCUCGGGCCUGACCAGCCAUAUUUAGAAGCUACAGCAAACCACUUAGAGUACUUCGCUAGUCAAGGACUGCGAACUCUCUGCAUUGCCGUGGCGGAACUUUCAGAAGACGAGUAUGCCCAAUGGAGUGAAGACUUUGACAGUGCUUGUCGGUCAUUGGGCGAUAGAGAACAAGAGGUUGCUCAGACCUGCGAAAAGAUAGAAAAGGAAAUGUUUCUUCUUGGCUGCACUGCUAUUGAGGAUAAGCUCCAGGAAGAGAUACCAGAAACACUCUCGGCUCUUCUGUCGGCGGGAAUAAAAGUAUGGGUGCUCACCGGAGAUAAACAAGAGACGGCCAUCAACAUUGGAUACGCCAGCCAGCUCUUCAAUCACCAAUCAGACCUACUGAUAUGCAACACCCGCACCCGGGAGGAAACCCAUCAAUGGCUGAUUAAUCAUAUUAAUUAUGCGCGUCAGAUGAUGCGUAACCGCCAACGGCCCAAUCCAGAAUCUUGUCUCGCUCUUGUCAUUGAUGGCGUUUCUUUGGCAUAUUCCAUGGAAGGGAGCCUUCAAUACUUUUUUGUGACGCUCGCGCUGAAGUGCCAUUCGGUGGUUGCCUGCCGCGUGUCUCCCCUUCAAAAAGCGCACGUCGUCCAGCUUGUCCGGGGAGCCACCAAUGCCAUUACGUUGGCCAUCGGAGAUGGAGCCAAUGACGUCACCAUGCUCCAGACUGCCCACGUGGGCGUAGGCAUUAGCGGCAAAGAGGGUCUGCAAGCAGCGCGCGCCUCGGACUACUCAUUUGCGCAGUUCCGCUUUUUGAAGCGCCUUUUGCUCGUGCACGGGAACCUGUCGUACCGUAGGAUCGCUCACGUGGUUUUGUACACCUUUUACAAGAACAUCUGUUUAUACAUAAUCCAGUUCUGGUUUGCUAUGGCCAAUGGCUUCUCGGGCCAAAUCCUGUUUGAUGAGUGGAUGCUGGCCUUCUACAACGUUCUCUUUACAGCGCUUCCUCCGCUCUGUAUGGGGAUAUUUGAUAGGUUAUCCCACGUGAAAUUAAAACUUUUUAUUGGUUAA